CAUUCUGAAAGACCAUUGCCAACCUUGUAGUUAAGGUUCUGGUUUUUUCUCCCCACAAUCUCAUAUCCUUAGCUACCAUCUCUCAAUGUCAUCACGUUAGUUUAUUUGCAUAUUCUUUUCUGAUCCUAAUAAAUUUUCCAUUUUAAAAAAAUCCAUAUAUUUGCUCUAGUUAUUGUCCUCCUUGAUUUUUGUUUGAUUACUUUUUCUACAAGCGAUCAAUGGAUCAAGGAGAACUUGCACGAAUUUUUCAAAUGUUCGACAAAAAUGGGGAUGGUCGUAUUACAAAGAAAGAGCUUAGCGACUCAUUACAAAAUCUUGGAAUUUGCAUCUCUGAAGAAGAUUUGGUUCAAAUGAUUGAAAAAAUCGACGUAAAUGGAGAUGGAUAUGUUGACAUUGACGAAUUUGGUGAGUUAUACCAAACAAUAAUGGAUGAAAAAGAUGAGGAGGAGGAUAUGAAAGAGGCAUUCAAUGUGUUUGAUCAAAAUGGAGAUGGGUUCAUAUCGGGGGAGGAAUUAAGCGCGGUGUUAUCUUCUUUGGGCUUAAAGCAUGGAAAAACUUUAGAAGAUUGCAAAAAUAUGAUCAAGAAAGUUGAUGUGGAUGGUGAUGGAAUGGUUAACUUCAAAGAAUUUCAGCAAAUGAUGAAGGCUGGAGCUUUUGCUGCUGAUUCAUUGAGUUGAUGCAUGGUAGAGGGUGUGUAAGUGGUUUUCUCUUUUAUGGUUAGAUUAUUUUUGUUGCACAUAAAAGAAGAAAAACAAAAUGCCCUUUGUAGAAUAUUAUGUAUCAUGUUCAAACGGAAAGGGGGAAAAUUAUAUAUCGAUUGGUGAUUAUAUUUG